AUGAUUAUAGAGUCUGAACCGGUUCGAAAGCUUUUCGAAUGCUGCAUCUGUGGAUCGCCUGAAACAACAAGACUUUUUCCUCUCUGUCUUCAUACUGUUUGUGAGGAGUGUGUGGAACAAGUUAAAUGUGGAGACGGGUACCGUUGUGCCAAGUGUCAUAAAAUUAGUGAUAAGCUUAUCACAAAUGGUGCUUUGUGUAAACUCACUUCUCAAAAUUGUGCACCAAAUUGUGUUUGGUGCGCUGAGGGCGAGGAAACAAAUAUUUCCCAGGGUCAUUGCAAAGAAUGCGACUUGUGGCUCUGUUCUGAAUGCAUUAAGGGUCACAAUCGAAUGCCAACUUUUAGAUCUCAUAAAAUAGACAUUUUUGGAGAUUAUGGAGAAAAAGGUUUAAUGUGUGAAAUUCAUCCCCAUGAAACUCUUGAACUUUACUGUGAAACCUGCGGUGUAUUAACCUGUCGAGAUUGUCAGCUCUCUUUGCAUCGUGAUCAUGGCGGCCAUCGUUGGGUCAAGGAAAAAGCGGAACUAAUUCGCCCUGGUCUUGUCUCUUCAAUCAAAUCCAUGGAAGCCGAGGCUAAAAAAUUGAGGAAUUUCGUUGAGUUGACUGCAAAUUCGCCUGCUGAUAUUCUUGUUAGUAUUGAAGCUGCAAAAGCUUCUCAUCAACGAGCAAUUGAUGAUAUGAUGCGAAUCGCUAAUGCCAAAAAGGUGGAUUUUAUGACUGAGUUGGAUGAGAUGGGCAGAGUACAUCUUGACAGACUUUACGCGGCCAAUGCAAUCAUGCAAAAUCUUUCGAACCGAAUUGAUUAUACCCUCCGAUUGGCACGUUUCUUGGUCGAUAAUGAAAGCAAGGAUCCUGCAAGUUUGGUUCAACUUGCUGGUCAUAUUGAGGAUCAACUGGGUGAUCUAGCUAAACGUGUGGAAGAAUUGGCCACGUUAGAUGUUUCGGUUGACGAGAUACGGAGCAAUCUAAAAGACGCUAUUGGUUGGCAGAAGGCUUCCACCUCUCGUGUCCAUUAUCUACCUACUCGGUCACCCGAAGAAGUGGUAAAUUCGCUCUCUACAGUCUUUUGGACUGCUAACGAAAUGAACGGUGAUGUCUCUUUGGCUCCAAAUUCUUCUAAUAAGGAAGGUGCCAAUGCUCCUCAAGUUAAUGGCGUCGAAGGAACUGAAGUAGAUGACUCAGAAAUUAUGGACAACUCGCGUUUAUUUUAUGGGGGUUGCUCAGUCUGCCGCUCUGCAGGAUUGCUUCUAUUGUGUUCAGCCUGUUCUCGCACUUUCCAUCCACAGUGCCAUCUUCCACGUUUGCAAAAGUCGGAUGUUCCUAAAAAGCAGCGGUGGACUUGCUCUAUGUGCUCUUCUAUCUCUAAGGCUUCAUCAUCGUCAUCACCUGGAAUCGUGCGUCGAAUUCGAGAUGUGCAAAAUGGCGUCACAUCAUCCGACGAGGGCUCACCAAACCAGAUAACGUGGACUCAUGAGCAAUUUGAGGUAUGUUAA